AUAUAGAACAACUAGCUCAAAAUGCUUUACUUUUUUUAUUUCAUUUUGAUGCUGAUAUUGGCCCCAUAGGUUUAACCGUAAUGGGCCAAAACCUAGUGUUAAAUAUGAACAAUCAUGAUUUUACAGUUUGUGUAUAUAACAGAGCUGCUUUCCAAAAUAAAUCCUUUUUUUUUUUAGGUACCCAAAUCAUAAGUGCACAUUGCAUUGAAAAGCUUUACUUAAAAUUAAAACGCCCAAGAAAGAUAAUGUUGUUGAUAGAAGCAGGCACAGUUGUUGACUCCUUUAUUGAGUUACUUCUGUCUUAUCUAGAUCAAGAUGAUGAUAAUUCUUAUUUUCUAGAUUUUAUUCGUCGUGAUAAGGACGUUAGAUAUAAAUGGUAUUUAAGUGAAAAAGAUCUCUCAUUGAUGCCUGGUGACGGUCAUUCAAGGAUAUGGUCUAUCAUUCAAUCUAUCUUUCAAGCUAUUGCCGCUAAAGCUUCUGAUGUCUCUCCAUGUUGUUAUUGUAUUAUUAAUAAAUCAAGAAGUGGGCAUUAUGUCAAGAUGGUUCACAGCAGUAUUGAAUAA